AUGACACGAGAAUUGUUUCGUGAGAAUGACCUUGUAACGGCUAAUGGAUAAUCAUAUUAUCCCGUUACAAAUCUGUAGCUACUCCAUCACAGUACUUCAUUAAGAAUCUCCCUCCAUUGAAGCCAGUCUGUUCCAUUCCCAGAACUUCACCAAACCAGGGGAGCAGGAAGCAGCUCGCUGUGACACCCGGGCUCAGCUCGUAGAGAGGGGCUGCAUGGAAGGAGACAUCAUAUCUCCCAUCAAUAUAUUUUCUUUUUCUAAGAACAGCACCCUGUCCAACAGUACAUUUGACAAGGACGAACCCAUCCAGCUCCGUCCUCAGGAGGUCAAUCUGAAGCUCAGACCAGGUGGGUGUUCUCAAAAUGGCCAAACUGGUUUGUAAAAUGGCUGCCAUGUAGUGAUGUUACGUUUGAUACCGGAGCUCCGAGGCAUGCGUCGAAAUCUCUAAGCAGCUAACUUCAAAGGAUUGUGCAGAUGCAUUUAUCACUUUAUCAGAAGUAAGUCACCAAUGACGUUCAAAGAUUCAUUUGAUCACAUACUUUUUCAAACCGUGUGUUGCAAAAUGCGAGAUCCCACUGAUUUCGCCACGGUUCCGAUGCUUUCUUGGAUUCCAAGCUGCUUUUAAACAUCAAACUCUACUGGAAGCCAUACUUACAAAUAUAGUUGGGGUUUUGUCCUAAAAGUUAGCAGGUAGAGUAGGGAACUACGUAACAUUCAGGGAAUUGAGAAUAUGAGGUCAAAUCCCAUUGAAGACACACUAUUUAGAAAAUUGUUUUAUGUGAAACCACACUUUCUGCACUGUUGUUCAAAUAAUUUGUUUUAUUUAGUAUAGUAUAAGCUUCUGGUUUAAGCGUCCUAAAUAAUGCCAUAUAUUCCGUUUUUGAAAAAUAGUAAACUUGAAGGCAAAAAAGGGAAGCAUGAUGUAAGAUGCAAACCUGGUAUUCCAACUAACUAUAGGCUAACAAAGCCAAUGACUUACUGCUGCACCAUGUAGAUUGCAGGAAAACAAUGGAGAAAAAAAUAAGUGUAUCUGAUAAUCACACGCUGCUAUUUAUUGCUGACCAUUGCAUUGUGAACAGAUAAUGAAGCUCAGAGUAAUUGACAGUUUUUCGGCACAAUUUGGUGAAAGCGCCGAAGCCUUCAGAAAGCCUCGGUUUCCCAUCACUACCACCAUGUUCUGAAAAUGGCUUAAACCAAAGAGUUGGAUAGAGGCACUUGUUUUAGCAUGGGCAGCUGCAUGGGCAGAGCAUUUCUUCACCAAUUAGUCAACUGGGUUGGACUUUUUAUGGGUUAAAUGAGGAUAACAGAAUUCCAUCCAGGUUAGCACCAGGUAUCAGCCAAUGAAUUAAACUCCUCAGCAAACAUUCCAUAACUACAGGUGGCAGUACAUCGCCAACCUUGGCUUUAAGCCCUCUAUCCAACUCUAUGGCUGGAACAGAUCAAAACUAGUCGAAAGCAAUCACAAUAAAAGGAUCUUAAAAUUGCAAAUAAACGUCCUCAAUUUCUCAUUACUGUUAUCCUUGCAGUCUAUGUUUGUUUUUAUGACAGAAAUACAUAUUUUCAGUUUUCACCUUGAUUUUGCUUUUUUCAGGACUGCCUCAGACGUUCAAGCUGGAUUUUCAAAGAGUGGAGGGCUAUCCUGUUGAUCUCUACUACCUGAUGGAUCUCUCUUACUCCAUGGAGGACGAUUUGAGGAGCAUCAAGACUCUGGGAAAUGAACUGUUUAAUGCUCUGCAACGCAUCACAAAAAAAGGACGAAUAGGUGACAUCAUCUCAGAUCGGAUCAAAUUGUUCAAAUACUAUUUGAUUAUUUUAUUUGCAUUUGCUUUAGCCUGCCUUGGGUUCCACGUCGGCAGGGUUUGCACUUUUGGGACUUUUCUAUUAGUUCCAUUCCAACAGCACAGCUAAAGUACAGUGAGGGAAAAAAGUAAUUGAUCCCCUGCUGAUUUUGUACGUUUGCCCACUGACAAAGACAUGAUCAGUCUAUAAUUUUAAUGGUAGGUUUAUUUGAACAGUGAGAGACAGAAUAACAACAAAAAAAUCCAGAAAAACGCAUGUCAAAAAUGUUAUAAAUUGAUUUGCAUCUUAAUGAGGGAAAUAAGUAUUUGACCCCUCUGCAAACAUGACUUAGUACUUGUUGGCAAAACCCUUGUUGGCAAUCACAGAGGUCAGACGUUUCUUAUAGUUGGCCACCAGGUUUGCACACAUCUCAGGAGGGAUUUUGUCCCACUCCUCUUUGCAGAUCUUCUCCAAGUCAUUAAGGUUUCGAGCCUGACGUUUGGCAACUCGAACCUUCAGCUCCCUCCACAGAUUUUCUAUGGGAUUAAGGUCUGGAGACUGGCUAGGCCACUCCAGGACCUUAAUGUGCUUCUUCUUGAGCCACUCCUUUGUUGCCUUGGCCGUGUGUUUUUGGUCAUUGUCAUGCUGGAAUACCCAUCCACAACCCAUUUUCAAUGCCCUGGCUGAGGGAAGGAGGUUCUCACCCAAGAAUUGACGGUACAUGGCCCCGUCCAUCGUCCCUUUGAUGCGGUGAAGUUGACCUGUCCCCUUAGCAGAAAAACACCCCCAAAGCAUAAUGUUUCCACCUCCAUGUUUGACGGUGGGGAUGGUGUUCUUGGGGUCAUAGGCAGCAUUCCUCCUCCUCCAAACACGGCGAGUUGAGUUGAUGCCAAAGAGCUCGAUUUUGGUCUCAUCUGACCACAAUCCUUUCACCCAGUUCUCCUCUGAAUCAUUCAGAUGUUCAUUGGCAAACUUCAGACGGGCCUGUAUAUGUGCUUUCUUGAGCAGGGGGACCUUGCAGGUGCUGCACAGGAUUUCAGUCCUUCACGGCGUAGUGUGUUACCAAUUGUUUUCUUGGUGACUAUGGUCCCAGCUGCCUUGAGAUCAUUGACAAGAUCCUCCUGUGUAGUUCUGGGCUGAUUCCUCACCGUUCUCAUGAUCAUUGCAACUCCACGAGGUGAGAUCUUGCAUGGAGCCCCAUGCCGAGGGAGAUUGACAGUUAUUUUGUGUUUCUUCCAUUUGCGAAUAAUCGCACCAACUGUUGUCACCUUCUCACCAAGCUGCUUGGCGAUGGUCUUGUUGUCACGAUCGUUAACGGAAGAUACGGACCAAGGCGCAGCGUGAUAAGCGUACAUUUUAUUUAGUACUGAACACACGACAAAACAACAAACAAACGAUACGUGAAGUCCUAGGUUACACAAAACAAACCUUUACGGAACAAGAUCCCACCCCGACUAGUGCCAAACAGGCUGCCUAAGUAUUUUCCCCAAUCAGAGACAACGAGAUACAGCUGCCUCUGAUUGGGAACCACCCUGGCCAACAUAGAUCUAAACGAUCUAGCACAUCAACAUAGAAAAUAUAACACAGAAACUACACACCCUGGCUCAACAUUUCAGAGUCCCCAGAGCCAGGGCGUGACACUUGUAGCCCAUUCCAGCCUUGUGUAGGUCUACAAUCUUGUCCCUGACAUCCUUGGAGAGCUCUUUGGUAUUGGCCAUGGUGGAGAAUCUGAUUGAUUGAUUGCUUCUGUGGACAAGUGUCUUUUAUACAGGUAACAAGCUGAGAUUAGGAGCACUCCCUUUAAGAGUGUGCUCCUAAUCUCAGCUCGUUACCUGUAUAAAAGACACCUAGGAUCCAGAAAUCUUUCUGAUUGAGAGGGGGUCAAAUACUUAUUUCCCUCAUUAAAAUGCAAAUCAAUUUAUAACAUUUUUGACAUGGGUUUUUCUGGAUUUUUUUGUUGUUAUUCUGUCUCUCACUGUUCAAAUAAACCUACCAUUAAAAUUAUAGACUGAUCAUUUCUUUGUCAGUGGGCAAACGUACAAAAUCAGCAGGGGAUCAAAUACUUUUUUCACUCACUGUAUUUCAAAUUAUUUCAAAUAGUAUUUGAAUCCAGGUCUAUCUCAGCUCCAAUUCCUACUCAAAAUCGAUGUAUGUCAAUGGGUGUCCAUGAAUCUCGUUUUUGUAACCAUUAUCUUUUGCUCUAGGUUUCGGCUCUUUUGUAGACAAGACUGUCCUGCCGUUCACUAACACCAACCCGGAGAAGCUGAAUAAGCCAUGCGCCGAAACUGAGAAGUACUGCCAACCUGCUUUUGGCUACAGACAUGUUCUUAGCAUGACGGAGAACAAAGCUGAGUUUGAGAGAGAGGUCAACAAGCAGCGCAUCUCUGGGAACUUAGACUCCCCCGAAGGGACCCUGGACGCCAUCAUGCAGGCUGCGGUCUGUGGGGUAAGAGUAGUUUAAUCCCACAGGGCAAAAAUAUGUUGAAUCAACGUUCUGUCAACAUACUGACAUUGAACAUCAGUGAUGCUUUUGGUUAGCCUGUUGUCCAAGCAGCAUUGUGUAUCAUAGAUAAGUACAUAAGAUGCCAAAUACCUGAACUCCCUCAUGGAGUUGAGUGCAGACUAUCGUUUUUUAAAUGAACCUCCGACUUGCAAUGCUUCGAUACUUCAAAAAUGUUAAUUCUUAAACACUUACUGUGUACCUAUGUUUGUCCUCUGUUGUUGCAUGUCUUUCUUUGUUUGCUGAAAUCGAUAGUUUUUAAUAAAACGUUAAUCAAAUACAACCACCGACUGUUUCCUGAUUGAGAUUCAAUUGGCACAUGCGCAUUCUCGCUGAGUUGCCAUCUUAGAGCAACAGCAAUAAGGAAACAGUCGGUGGUUGUAUUUGAUUAACGUUUUAUUAAAAAGUAUGGAUUUCAGCAAACAAAGAAAGGCACUCAACAACAGAGGACAAACAUACAGUAGGUACACAGAAAGGGUUUAAGAAUUUACAUUUUUGAUGUAUCGACGCAUAGAGACUAGGAGUCGGAGGUUCAUUUCAAUACAAUAAUAAUAAUAAUAGUAUAAUAUAUGCCAUUUAGCAGACGCUUUUAUCCAAAACGACUUAGUCAUGCGUUCAUACAUUUGAUGUAUGGGGGGUCCCGGGAAUUAAGCCCACAAUCCUGGCAUUACGUGCUCUACCAACUGAGCUACAGAGGACCACAAAAACUGUAGUCUGCGCUCAACUCCAUGGAGGAGUUGAGGUACUUGGCAAGUACAUAGGUAGCCUAUAUAGACAAACAGGGAAAUAGUUAACUUCUGCAACAAAAAAUUCACACAAAGAGAUCUGGUCGGUCUAUUGUUAUUCCAACAAUUUUCAUAAUUCAAUGAAAUGUGCAUAUAUUUUAUCAUUCUGCUCAGUUGUGAAACUUAAAUGUAUUUUCUGUAUUUUUACACCACACGACAGGCUGCAGUGAUAAAGUGUGCUGCCUGUGUAGCACUCGAAAGAGAAACUCAGGGCCCUACAAAUGUGUGAUAAAUACUUUUUCACCUCUUUGCCAUUCAUUUUACAUGAAGCCCCAAAUUGUUUUCCACAGGACAGGAUUGGCUGGAGGAAUAGCAGCACUCGGCUUAUCGUUCUGACCACCGACGAUGGCUUCCACAUGGCAGGGGAUGGCAAGCUGGCUGGCAUACUGGAGCCCAAUGAUGAGAGAUGUUACAUGGACAACAAGCUGUACACAAAGAGCAAUGUCAUGGUAUGUGAUGACAUGCGGCACAUUCAGAUCAAUAUGAUUGGUCCUCAACAAAACUAUAUGAAAAAUACCAUAAGAGAUUAUGAGAAAUAUGUAGUGAAUGUAACGGCAUGACUUAGAAGCCUGCAUUCCAGCCCAUUUGUUCUUAAACAAUUACAUUGUUGAGGUUGUACAAGUUAAGUGUCUCUGUAUGUAGGACUACCCAUCUGUUGGUCAAGUGGCUAAUCAGUUAGAGAAGAACAACAUUCAGCCAAUCUUUGCUGUGACGAAGAAAAUGGAGAAGGUAUACAGGGUAAGUGGACUCUUUCUUUCCUUUAUUUUUCCUCUGUCUUUCUGUUGUUAUUCAUUUUAAUGUUAUCUAAAGGUCCCGGGUUUCGGCACCAAUAUUUUGACACACUUCAAAAUAUCUAAUGCAGGCACUUAUUAAUCCUGCCACAUAAUCAACACCUUUAUUCCAGGAACUCAGUAAAAUGAUCCCCAAGUCUGAGGUGGGAGUGUUGUCAGCUGACUCCCAUAAUGUCGUUGAAUUGAUUGAAAAUGCCUACAAUGUAAGACAUUUACAAUCUUUUGUUAUUAAUUUAACAAAUCACUUUUUUAAAACGGUACUCCAAGAAAUCAUAUUGUAAUUAUGUGUUUAAUGUGUGGAACCUUACUUGAGUUCACUGGUGGAAAAAGUACUAAAUUGUCAUACUUGAGUAAAAGUAAAGAUACCUUAAUAGAAAAUGAUUAGAUUAAAAGUAAGUCACCCAGUAAAAUACUACUAUCUGGUUUUAAAUGUACUUAAGUACAGUGGAACAAGUACUUAAUUGUCAUACUUGAGUAAAAGUAAAUGCCACACAUCGAAUUCCUUAUAUUAAGCAAACCAGACGGCACAACUGUAUACAUUUUUUGUAUUUACGGACAGACAGGGGCACACUCCGACACUCCGACAUAAUUUACAAACGCAGUAUUUGUGUUUACUGAGUCCACCAGCUCAGAGACAGUAGGAAUGACAACGUGUUCUAUUGAUAGAUGUGUGAAUUGGACCAUAAUUCUGUCCUGCCUGAGCAUCCAAACUUUUUGGUGUCAGGGAAAAUGUAUAGGAGUAAAAAGUGCAUAUCUUCUUUAGGAAUGUAGUGGAGUAAAAGUAAAAGUAGUCAAAAAAUAUAAAUAGUAAAGUACAAAUACCCCCAAAAACUACUUAAGUAGUACUUUUUAAAUAUUUUUAUUUAAGUACUUUACACCAUUUUUACUUAAGUACUUUACAACACUGGUUGAGUUCAUCAUAAACUUGAAACUCUAGUAUCUCUAGGAAUAAAGUGUCAGUUUGGAUUUGUUUGGGUUGUUUUAUUCUGAUGAUGUAGCGUUGGUGUCAGCUCUGAGUCUGUUUUGUGUCUCUAACACAGAGGCUCUCCUCCAAAGUGACGGUGACUCAUGAUGCUCUCCCUGACAAUGUGAGAGUCACUUACACUCCACUUUGUCCUGAAGGGGGACCCACAAGGGACAAAGGAGUAUGUGACAAUGUGGGUGUGGGACAGAUGGUAAGAGCUCAGCAGCAUUAAUAAACUAUUGACAAAACAUUCAAUAAAUAUGUACUUCAUUACUUGUAAACAUUUAAAUACAUAUAUAUAUAUAUAUAUAUAUAUAUAUAUAUAUAUAUAUAUAUAUAUAUAGUAUAUAAUAUAUAUAUAUACAGUAUAUGGACAGAUGGUAAUGAAGCUCAGAAGCAUUAAUUACACAUAAUGUGAAUAACAAAAAAUUCAAUAAACUGUAACUUAGGUUACAUUGUUACCACACAAACAUUAUACAACCCUAAAUACUACUGAAUUCAGUCGCUUCCUAAAACUAUAAGCUUCUUACCUAUGGAUUUAAGGUAAUAUUUUUGGCUUUGCAAACUGCUCCAGUCUCUCAUAUUGGAUGGGUGCCUUUUCCCAACAGCAAUUUUAAGAUCUCUCCACAGGUGUUCAAUGGGAUUAAGAUCUGGACUCAUUGCUGGCCACUUCAGAACUCUCCAGCGCUUUGUUGCCAUCCAUUUCUGGGUGCUUUUUGAAGUAUGUUUGGGGUCAUUGUCCUGCUGGAAGACCCAUGAUCUCGGACGCAAACCCAGCUUUCUGACACUGGGCCCUACAUUGCGACCCAAAAUCCUUUGGUAAUCCUCAGAUUUCAUGAUGCCUUGCACACAGUCAAGGCAACCCAGUGCCAGAGGCAGCAAAACAACCCCAAAACAUCUUUGAACCUCCACCAUAUUUGACUGUAGGUACUGUGUUCUUUUCUUUGAAGGCUUCAUUACAUUUUCGGUAAACAGUAGAACGAUGUGCUUUACCAAAAAGCUCUAUCUUGGUCUCAUCUGUCCAUAAGACGUUUCUCCCAGAAGGAAUUUGGCUUACUCAUGUACAUUUUGGCAAACUGUAGUCUUUGCUUUUUAUGUCUCUGUGUCAGCAGUGGGGUCCCUCCUGGGUCUCCUGCCAUAGCGUUUCAUUUCAUUCAAAUUUCGACGUAAGGCGGCCCGCACUGAUACGGCACGCACUCGGAGUGUGAAACGAGAGCUGCGUGAAGUUCCAGAACAAAUUUGGAGGUCGGAGUUGAUACAUGAACAUAGUUCAAAAUCUUGAUCAAUUGGGGGGACAAAGUGACUUAGAUACCAUAGGACAUAUAGUUGAACAACAUUACAUGGGUUCUAAGACAGCAUUUGUUAUGCUCUGUUAUGACAGUUUCCCUUAUGGUUUAGGUACCAUCAAAUGCUUGAGAUCACUUCUCUGUGUUGGGACAAGGGAAAUUUCCUUGAAAAAUUGCGAAUGCCCCCGGGUUGAGGCACCACUGGCCAAUGCAAGAAGUCGGACAGCUGCUUCGCACACCAAUGGAGGGUGGCAGCAACAGGGCACAUUUCAGUGUAAAUCCAGUGCAAUUGUUCGGGGUUUCAGCGGACCACUUUUACCGUGACCACGCUAUUAACAAUUAAACCUUGUGAAUUUCUCUAAAAUGGGGUGCCAACAAUUUUUUUGGGUAAUAUAAAUUUGCUUUUUUUUUUUUUGGUAAUUUUAAAAGAAUAAACUUGCUUUUGGAAAACAUUUUAUUCAAACCAAACUUUUUAAACCAAUCCCAAAUUUCCCUCCGAAUUUGCGUGUUUUUAAAAACAUAAAACGGAUGAAUUUGGACAGUAAAUGUUUUUUUGGCCCUUUGGGGUUUAAAAAAAGGAAUUUAGGGACCCUAAAUUGGUUCGAAAUGUGUGUCAAAAAAGUCGGCAGGGGAAAGGGCCAGUAGGGGGUUCGGUGGCCCCCUUGGGGGGAUAAAAAAAAAUGCUUUACUUUUUAAUUGGAUUGUCAAAUUUUAUUUAAUAUUUUUGGACAAACCCCCCCCCAUGGUCAUGGCCCUAAAAGGGUUCGGAAAAAAAAUAGAUUUUAAUUUUUCUUAUGUUUUUAUUUUUAAUAGGGACAAAAACCCCCCAGGGAGGGGGAAAAUGAAAAAAAUUUUUUGAAACUGAAAUUGGCUAUUUUUCCCCUCUGUGCAGUUGCAAAGCUGGCUUCGUGGGCCAGAAGUGUGAGUGCUCCAUCGGGGAGAAGGACGAGAGCUCUCUGAGAGCGGCAUGCCGGAAGGACAACGGCACGGAGUGCGAGGGACGAGGGGACUGUGUGUGUGGCAUUUGCCAGUGCUACGCCUUACAAGGCGGCAGCACCUACUACGGCACGCACUGCGAGUGUGAAAACGAGAGCUGCGAGAAGUUCCAGAACAAACUGUGUGGAGGUGGAGUCUGAUAAAUAAAAUAUAUAAAAAUACUGUAUCAAUUGGGGGGAAAAAGAUAGAUAAUAGAUAACAUAGGAAAUAUAGAUGAAAACAUAUACAUGUAUAACAAUAGAAAGAACACCUGCCAUUUGUUAUGAUCUGUUAAUGACAGUUCCAUUAUGGUUUAAGCUACAUUCAAAAUUCUGACAUAAGAUCACUUCUCUGUGUUGAAGGGAACGGGAAAUGCCGUUGCAAAAAUUGCGAAUGCAACCCCGGGUAUGAGGGCACCACCUGCCAAUGCAAGAAGUCGGACGAGCGGUGUCGCACACCAAGCGGGAGUGUGUGCAGCAACAGGGGCACAUGCCAGUGUAACCAGUGCAAGUGUAUCGAGGGCUACCAGCGGCCCUACUGUCUGACCUGCCCCGCCUGCCAAACCCCCUGUAUAACCAAGGGGUAAGAGGGCCUGGGCCCUCCUUUUCCACUCACAUAACCACCUUUUUCACUGGCCCCUUGGGGUAAUGUUGUUGGAGCCAUUGUGUACACGUUAAAAGCCACAGGACAAAGAUGGUUACCAUUGAUCAUAAAGGAAUAACUGGGAGAAUAGAAUGUAGGACUAUAAAAUACAAUUUAUGGGUGUUGCCAUCUUACUCAAAAAGAAGAGUUUUGGAACCAAAGCAUGCGUUUAAGUGUUAAAGAGAAGAGACAAAACGUUGCGCAAUGACAUUUCUCACUAUUUACCUCUUGUUCUUCUGUUUUCAGGAAAUGCAUUGAGUGUCUGGGCUUUCAGACAGGCCCAUUCAGUAAGAACUGCUCCCAGGCCUGUAAGAGUAUUAAUGAAUUCAAGAUGGUGGAGACGUUGCCACCUGGUAAGCCUUGUGAUGUGAGGGAUGUGGAGAACUGCCGAGUGUUCUUUACCAUUUCACAGUUGGAUGGAGAGGACAACUACAACGCCCAAAUACUAAAGACCAGAGGUAAGAGACUUCUGUCUUGUACAACUAAAAAGUAUGCAAAUGUUCAUUGCCCACAGAGAACAGAAAUAUGUGCUGGGGUUAAUUGACUGCACAUAUUGUUUGACGGGCAUCAUAUAGUCAGCUUUUUCGUCAGCUUAAUCUGGGUCCAGGAAAUUGCCCCUAGAUGCAAUUAUACUCCAUAAACUAUCAGUUACAUUUCUUUCCCAGGUAAUUGGCAACUGCAACUUUGCUGAUGUGGGAAGGCUAGAUUUAACACGGUUAGACCAAUCUUAAUUGCAUAUUAUCUGCUAGAUAGUGUUUUGACCAAGGCUGCUAACAUGCAUCUAAAUGGAACUAUGUCAAAACAAACUGUAACCAAAUGUUUUCACAGCAGAAGUGAAACCCUGUAAUUGCCUCCAGGACUGCCUAAACUGAUGUUUGUUUAUGUCUGUCCUAAAUGUGUUAGAGUGUCCCGAGUUGCCAAACAUCUACGCCAUCAUUGGAGGCUCCAUCGCAGGCGUGGCUGUCAUCGGCAUCAUGAUCCUGCUCCUCAUCAAAUUCUUAAUGUACCUCCAAGACCAGAAGGAGUUCCGCAAGUUUGAGAAUGAGAAGCAGAAAUCCAAGUGGUCGCAGGUGAGGGACAUUUGCUCGUACAUAAAAAACAUCACUUUGAGAAUGACAGAACUGCACAGCAGUGGUCUACACUACAGAACCUGGGGGACCUCAUUUAUAAAACACUCUUGCAAGAUUUGAUCCGCAAUUGUAUGAAAGUCAAAAUCCAAGCCAAUGUUGUGAUUUAUUAACCUUGUAUGUCAGUUGCCAUAAAUGUAUGGCUGGCUAAGAUGCAGCUAUGAAAAACAGGUUACUGUGCUUAUUGCUCCAGACAUCUGAGUUCCAAACAUUACAGAGUUUUCAUAAUUUCUAAUUUGUCCUCUCAACAGGCAGACAAUCCACUAUUCAAGAAUGCAACCACCACUGUGGCUAACCCUACCUUUACUGGAGAAUAA